AAACCAAAUAUAUCACAAUUCAAGUAUUCAACCCGAUAAGCUUCCACUAGAAACUCCUUGCUUAAUUAUAGUCUAAUGGCAUCAUCAUUAUCAUCAUCAUCGUCUCUUAGUAGAACUCUAUCACCGGCCAAUGGUAAAUUAAUCACUAUUCUAAGCAUCGAUGGAGGUGGGAUUAGGGGCAUAAUCCCAGCCAAAAUUCUUGAACUUCUUGAAGCUGAACUCCAGAAAUUGGAUGGAGAAGAUGCUCGACUGGCGGACUACUUUGACGUUAUAGCCGGCACAAGCACAGGUGGGCUUGUGACGGCCAUGUUGACAGCUCCCGAUGCAAAUAACCGCCCGUUAUAUGCCGCUAAAGAUAUUGCCCCGUUUUAUGUGAAGCAUGGGCCGAGUAUAUUUCCAUAUAAAGAGGGGAUGGUAGGUUCUGUUGGAAGGACAUUAGGUAUGUUAGUAGGGCCAAAGUACAAUGGGAAGUAUUUGAGAAAGAUAUUGAAGGAAAAUUUGGGGGAGACAAAGCUUCACCAGACCUUAACUAAUGUUGUUAUUCCCACAUUUGACAUCAAGAAUAUGCAGCCAGCUAUUUUCUCUUCCUAUGAGAUGAAGACUUUGAAUUAUACGGACGUCAAGUUAUCCGAUUUAUGCAUUGGCACAUCGGCGGCGCCGACUUACUUGCCUGCCCAUCAUUUCACACACACCGACAAUUCUGGAAAUUCAUGGGAAUUUAAUCUUAUUGACGGCGGUGUAGCUGCUAAUAACCCCACUUUGGUAGCGAUACGAGAGGUAAGCAAACAAAUAUCUCGAAACGACCCGGAUUUUUUCCCGAUUCAGCCGCUGGACUUUGGGCGGUUUCUAGUGGUGUCGCUCGGCACGGGAUCUGAUAAACAGGAACACAAGUACACAGCAGAAAUGGCGGGAAAGUGGGGCGUGUUUGGAUGGUUGUUCCAAGACAACUCAGUCCCAAUAGUUGACGUCUUCAACCAAGCCAGUAAAGAUAUGGUUGACUACUUCUUGUGCGUUGUCUUCCAGGGCCUUCGUUCUCAGGACAAUUACCUUCGUAUUCAGGACGAUUCAUUGACUGGGCCGAACUCUUCCGUUGAUGACACAACAAAGCAGAAUUUGAGUGAUCUUGUCAAAAUUGGAGAAAAUUUGUUAAAGGCCCCUGUCUCUAGAAUUAAUCUUCAAACAGGAAAUACUGAGCCUGUUCCCAAUGGAGGCACAAAUGAGGAAGCUUUGAAAAAGUUUGCCAAGUUACUGUCAGACGAACAGAAACUCCGGAAAUCGAACUCGCAGAAGAAGAAACAUUAAGGAUAUUCCUGGGAUACAUAAUGAUACUUAUUCUAAUUAAGUCUAAUAUAUUCGUAAUUAAGUAAAGUUUAUAAUUACAUUUGUUAUUUGUUUGACCCGUUAAUAUAUGUAUAAACAUAUAUGUGUGUGCUCACGUGUGCGUUUAUAUGCAGUCUUAAUUCUUCGAGUUGUACUUGUAUGUACCAGUUAUUCGUUUGUACUUCUCUUUUGCGUUAAAUGGACAAGACUUGCAAUUUGUAUUGUGAAAGUGACUCGAGACUUGAGAGUAUAUGAUUCUAAAAAAAAUAAUAUGAAACCUGUUUCUUGUGGAAUAGGUUCGGUUAAUUAAAGAUGACUACUAAUCCUAAGUUAAAGAUUGAACCAAUCUCUCUUUAAAAAAAAAGAAAAACUAAACUAAUUUUCGCUAGUAAUUUACUCUCUUAACCCACGUGACCGUGUUUAUUUUUUACCUCAUAUCGAAUUUUUUUUAACAUUAUCUUAAAGCUCUCCUUGUCCUUAAUCAUCGCAUAAAAUUUCUGGCGAAAAUUCCACCGGUAAGAUAAUCAAUUGUUUUGGUCAAAAUUUUUAGAUCUUCAAAAUUUUGGUCAAAAUCCCGGACUUGUUUUCAAUGUCUCGGCGACUCACGACGACCCACCAAAAUCAGAGGACACCUCCAGACUCCUCAGGCCGCCGCACACCUGACGUCGUCCACCAUCUCCAGAAUCGACGAAUUUUACCGGCGACCCGUUUCUUCCGAUCGGAGGAGUAUCGAGGAGAAGAACGCGUGUAUUAUGAUCGUUCAUGUGAGCUGCUGGCGCCAAAUUUCAUAAUGACUGACGAUGGCUGGUCUGAGUAGGCCAGGCUAUGCCUAUGGCCUGUACGGUCGGAAUUCUGAUCAACAGGGAAGGUGGUGUUGGGCGUCGGCAGCGGGCUACAGUGUACGUGUUGGAAAAGCGGCAGACGGCUGAAGAAAACGAGGGUUGAUUGGCUGAGGAUGGUGUUGGAGCGGCGGCAGACGGACGGCUGAAGAGAACGGGUCCGACGAGAAUAUGCAGAACAUCGAUCCACUUUCUUGUAAUUUUUUUUUGUAUUAAUUUUUUUUACUUUUUAGUUUUAAUAUUUUUUUUUUUUGGUUUCCGCAUAUAAUUAUUUCC